AGCAAAUGUCACUUUCUCAUGCCUCUGUAUCAAAGAUUUCAGACGAUUAUUUCAAAUAUUAAUAUAUAUUAAUAAUAGUUUGUGAUUAAUAUAUACUUAUUGAAAUAAAUUUAAGAUUGGAAAAAUAAAUUAAAAAUUUAGAAUUGUUUAAUAUUUAUAUAUUAAAUAAUGAAUUGAGAACAUUUAAAUGUAUUGAGUAUUAAUUUUACAAAGUACAUUAUAUAAGAACAAUAUAAAUAAACAUAAUGGUUGUAUGUAAAUAUUUUCAACAAGGUUAUUGCCGUUACGGUCAGAAUUGUAGAUUUGAACAUGUUUACGGGUCGAAAUAUUCAUAUCACGCCAAUACUCCCGCUUCACAGUCCACUAGUGGUGUAACUGACGAGCAGCUUGUAAACCAAGUGCAAUCAGAUGUACAGGCUGCACUCAAAGGAUCACAGUGGUUGUUAUCCAGUUAUGCACCGUUUAAGGAGAAACCUGUGUUCCCCGGCAUAUUGGAUCUUUCACCAGAAGAGGCCCGGCUAUUAAUUUAUGAGGCUAAAGCUAACAACACAUUAGGCCAAGCUAUCUCCUAUAUGAACAAUCUUUACAAAGAAACACGACAAAAAUAUGAGCAACUUCUCCAGCCAACUUCAGCCAUCACCAAAGUAUUAAGGAGCAUAUACAAAGGUGAAGCUGUUACUUCUCCCUUUGCAAACACAACUUCAGGAUUGAAUGCGAACAAUCCAAACGCCGCAUCCGUUUUCCGAAGUGCCGUACAAAACAACUCGGCAUUUGGUACAAAUAGUACUGUAACUAAUAACACACCAUCUAUUUUCGGUCAACAAUCAAACAGUAUUUUUUCACAGAGCCCCGACAACUCGGCUGCAAAGUCAAUAUUUGCACAGGCAAAUCAAAAUGUUUUUGGUUCGAGCCAAACAAUUUUUGGCCAAAAUCCACCGACCAAUAAUUUUGGUCAAAGUCCGUCAAACACUUUUGGACAAAAUCAAAUAGCUAAUAAUCAAGCGACCAGCAAUAUUUUUGGAUCACCACCUUCAGAUAAUGCAGCUGCAAAAUCGAUUUUUGCACAAGCUAACCAAAAUAUUUUUAGCAGUAACCAAACCGCGCAAACUCCGCACAACGUUUUCGGGAGUGCUUCCCAAUCAGUGUUUGGGUCGCAACCGUCUUCGCUUCAACAAAAUCAGAAUGUGUUUGCGACACAAGCGAAUGUUUUCCAAGAAGUAAAACCGAGUGUUGGCAACGUGUUUGAGCAGCCAGCACACGAUACUGGCGUGUAUAGUAUGAUGGACGACAUUUCACCGGAGGAUAUGGAGGAUUUUAAAAGUGAUGAGUUUAAACUGGGCCUUAUUCCAGAAGUCCCACCACCGAAAGGUCUUUGCUUCUAGUUUUAUAUUAAUACAGUUUUAGCAGUUAUUUAUGUGUAUUUUAGUUUUAAGUAUUAAGUUAUUUUUUGUUAUGUGUCAUAAAUGUUUUUAUUUAGUCAUUUUUAAAUAUUAGUAAAUGUAAAUCAAUAGGCGCUACAUGAAGCUUUUAAAACCUAAUUACUUUCUUCUAAUUAAUAGCAUUCAUAACUUUAUCUUACCAAAAUGUGGCCAAUAUCAUGAUUGAUUACAAAUUAGUUAAUUUUAAACUUUUGCGUUGUUUACACACAAUUUUAAAUACACAAUCGGAACUUAACGCGAUGUAAAAGCUUUUACAGGUAAAUAAUACCUACAUACCGAGCCCUCUAGACAAGUGGCAAGCAAAUUCGUCGAUGGAAUCGGCAUCGUUACCGAGUCUGUGAGAUAGAAUGAGAUAGCAACGUCGGAUGUCUCAUUUCAACUCACGGUCUCGCUAGCGAUGUCGAUUCCAUCGACGAUCGCUUGCUAUUUGUCUAAAGGGCCUGCUUCUUUAUUGGCGACGUUUCGACGUGGAUUGCACGUCGUGGUCACGACAGGACUGAAGUGGGCGGCGUCUUCGUCUGGCAGCUCGUGCAGUCUCUUCGGAUAGCCCUCACAGUCUCACUAUUAUUUUUCUGCGAUCACAGAUACUAUUUACUUGUAUUAUCUUUUUCAUCCCGAAUGUGUAUUUAAAAAUAAUUAUAUUAUAAAUUUUCAAAAACAAUUGAACAUUUUGAAAAAUGUUUUUGUUCGAUUAUUUAAAAAGUGUUCUUGCUAGCAAAUUAAAAUGUAUACAUACCCUUAAAAUUGAUGAAUUGUUUUUAAAAACUGACAUAUAAUUACAAUGUUGUCACAUUUUCGAUAAGCUAAAUUUAAGAGGGAGACUUUGUACAAAAGUCGAUUGCAUGGGUACCUCUGUCCCAUUCGUGUUUCAACCGUGAAGCAGUUGUGUUUGCAUGGCUGUGUUUCGGUUUGAAGGGUGGGAUAUGCCGUGAAUUUACUGGGUACAGAGGAAUAACACCUGAGUCCUCAGGAAUGGCAACGCAUGGGGGGUAUCAUGGGUGAAACAGUAUACUCUGUUAUGUCCAUGGUACUGCUCAUGUCUAUAGGCGACGGUUACCACUUUCCAUCAGGUGGGCCGUCAGCUUGUUUGCCAUUCUAAGUUGUAUAAAAAAAAAGGUAAGGAUAAAGAUAUAUUUAUUUAACAAAGUAUGUUUGAAUAAGCACAGAAUUUAUCAUCGAUUCCUACACUGGGCUGAGCGUGUCCUGUAGGAAACAGGAUUCGUGUUAUCAUAUACAUGCACACAGAUAUAAACAUAGGCUUUUUAGCAGUACUGAUAAUUGUUUAUCUACUAAUUUAUGUAAUGUAGUUAUUUUUAUUUAGAUCUCACCACUAAUACACAUGUAUGGAUAAGUAUUAUGUAUAUGCGUGCGUGCGUGCGUGCGUGCGUGCGCGUGCAUGCGUGCGUGUGCGUGUGUUUGUAUGUAUGUGAACAGUAUUUUCAUUUAUAUGAUUAACAGAUAUAUCUAUAUAUAUGCAUAAUAGAAAUUUAUAUGAACUUUCUAUGUUUGUCGUAUUCGACAAUUGUUUCAACUUCAUCCAGAAGUGUUUGCGCUCAAACAUGUUAUGAUUUUUUAUUUUGUAUAUAAUGUAAAAGAAAAAUCAGUUAUGAUACUGUUGCGUUAUUUUAAUAUAUAAAAUACUAUUUGUACUAGUAUUAUAAAGAGGAAAGAUUUGAUUGUUCGUAUGUAAUGGAAAAACUCAGAAACUACUCGACCGAUUUCAAAAAUUGUUUCACCUAUAGAAAGCUACAUUAUCAGUAAUUAACAUCAGCUAUAUAAUGUUUUCGAAAAAUCUACAGGUUUUGACAGAUUUACUGUUGCUAGCACUAUUUAAAAAACUUAUCAACAAUGUCAAAAGUGUCUUAUCUUUUUCUUUUGCGCUAAUUUUUCGAUUUGAAUUAAAAUCAAACACUAUAUAAUGGUUUGUUGAUUUAAGUUUUUAUAAAUAACUCUGUCAUUGUAUGUCCUUUGAUCUCGAUCAAGUUAGAAAUGUUACCGUGAACAUCGCUAAAAAUAACAUGUUUUUAUGUUUA